GAAGUUCACUCAACCAUUUGAUUGGUCAAUGACCACAUUUAAUCAUUCAAAAAGUAACAACUUUCUGCAUUAACUUGCAAUUUGGAGCUAACUUAAUCGAAAAAAAAAAUUAAUAGAAAUUUAUAGGCCGCAAUAAAUUUUAGGAGGAAUGAGGCUUAUAUGGUUUGUCGCCUUGUGCCUACUGACAGUAGAUUUGUAUGAGUCAAAAAAAGAUGCAAAUGCUGAGAAGAGAAACAGAAUUGAAGACAUUCCUGAGCUUGUAGCUGUUGCAUCUGAUGAUAAGGAGGAUGAGUUUGAUGUGGAAGAUGAACCAAAGAGGCUAGUUUGCUAUCUCAACUUUGAAACCAAGCCAGAUGCAAAGGAUAAAAGAGGAACCAUCAAAAUUAUAAAUGAUAAAUCAGGUUAUGAUAAUAAUGGUGAUUUUUCCACUGGAGGAGAAAUUUUAAAGUUUAGUGAGAAAGAUUUUACAUGUAACCAAGUAGCAAGGUUAUGGCAAAGUGAUAUACUUUUUAAGGGAGAUUUGUUCCAGGCUAAACCAAGAAAAGCAAUUACAAUUGCAGCUUGGAUAAAAUUAGAAGAAAAACCUGGGCAACAUUCUAUUUUUGAUACAAUUGGAACAAAACAUCAGCAAGGUCUGUUUCAUUUUGAAGUUAAUGAUGGUGUUUUGAGAUGGUUUCACAGAAAUGAUUGCAAAAAUACAGUCUUUGAAACAAUGGCACAUUCUGUACCUAAAGAUAAAUGGACACAUGUUGCAGGAACAUAUGAUUCCAAGACAAAACAAGCUAAGGCAUAUAUUAAUGGAAAUUUGAGAAAUAUGUCCAUUGGUGAUGGUGAGCUAUCUAGAGAUUGGGCAUGUAGGGCUGGUAUUGGAAAUCACAUGAAACACCGUCCUUUAAGGGGUUCUAUUGAUGAAUUUAGAAUAUACAAUUAUGCACUCCGCAUGGAUGAAAUUAAAGCACUAGUAGGAGCAUGUAGAGGUGCAGAUUCACCUGAUGUUAGAUCUGAAACUACUGAACCAGAUGCUGAUAAUAAACAGUCAGAUAACAUCAAGAAAGUUGAUGAGAAAAAAAGAAAGAAGCGUGCUGCAAAGAAAAGUGAGAACAGCAAAAAAAGACAAGAAGUGACAACAAAAUUAUCUUGCAUCAAGAAAAGAAGCAUUUGUCCUAUAUCCACCAAAUCAAAGAAGCAAAACUUGGAAAAACGAGAUCAAACUGGUUGUGUAAGUAACUGUGAUGAACCACCUCAAGAUGACGACGAAGAAGAUGAACCUAAAAGGUUAGUUGUCUACUUUAAUUUUGAAAAAGUGAUGAAACAUGGGCGAAUUGCAGAUAAAUCUGGUUAUGAAAAUAGUGGUACAAUGGGUCAAGGUGGUGAAAUACUUAAGUUUAGUGACAAAGAGUACACUUGUAACCAAGCUGCUCGAUUGUACGAUCAUGACAUAUACUUAAGGGGUGAUACUUUUCAGGCAAAACCAAAAUCAGCUAUUACUAUAGCUGCCUGGAUUAAAUUGGAGGAAAAGAAUGGCCAGCAUUCAAUAUUUGAUACAGUUGGAGCUUCACAUGCCCAAGGGCAGUUUCACUUUGAAGUGAAUGAUGGAGUUGUGCGUUGGUUUCAUCGAAACGAAUGCCAAGAAGUUGUAUUUGAGACUAUGGCACACUUUGUACCUAAAGGCAGAUGGACUCAUGUUGCUGGGACUUAUGAUUACAAAACAAAGCAAGCUAAAAUAUUUAUCAAUGGUGAGAUAAGGAACCAAUCAAUUGGUGAUGGUCAAUUGUCACGUGAUUGGGGAGUAAGAGCGGGAAUCGGAAAUCACGAAAAAAAUCGAGCACUACGUGGAUCAAUUGACGAGUUUAGAAUUUACAAUUACGCUCUUAAAUCUGAUGAAAUCAAAGCUUUAGUUAGCGCUUGCAAGGCUAAUGGAGGCGACGAAGCAGCAGCAGCAGCGCAAUCUCAAAGUCCAGACAUCACUACGGACGCCUCUCUGCAAGAACAAGCCGCGAGUAGAACUUCCGACGAUAAGCCAAAGGUUGUUGCAACAUCAACUGGACCAGCUAGUUCCGAUUCGUCAUCAAAACGUGAUGAAAAAGGGGAUUCAAAAGAAGUAAAUGCCGUUUUGCGCAAGAGGAGAGAAGCUGUGAAAAGGAGCUGUGUCAGAAAAAUUCAACAACGUCGAAGCGCUAUACUUCAUUUUUAAUCAAGAAGUACGAAAAGUAGAAGUUAUAUGACAGAAAUAGAAAAAGCUUAAAUUUGUAAAUACUUUUUUGAAUAUUCAAAAUGCUCGAUUAUUCAAAAUACUCGAUUAUUCUGUACAGAACAAAAUAUAUUUGGCUCAAUUGAAUUGUUAAACCGAAUGUUUACAUUGUUGCCUUGAAGAAUAUUUAUGAUUGUAUAAA